AUGUUUUAAGCAGAAGAAAAAACCUUAUCAGAGCAAGUAUGUUUUAAAUAUUAAUUAGCAAUUAAUUCUACAUCUAAUCCAUUAAAAUGAUUAUGAUACUCUCAAAGAAUUGGGCAUAAAUAAAGGUAUUUGUCAUUGAGUUUCAAAUAGCAAAUAUCAAUUUCUUGGAGUCCUUUAAUGAGAUUGAAGUAGAUUAGAAAAUAUCACCUUUGAUUUGUGCAUGUUACUUGGGAAGACUUGAGAUAGUGAAACUGUUGCUUUCUAAUACAUAAGUUGAUGUUGAUUUAGCAAGUAUGGAUUCAGGAUAAACUCCAUUAUCAAUUGCAGCCAUGACAGGAAAUUAUGAAAUUCUAAAAAUCCUCCUUGACGCUGGAGCUGAAGUUAACAAGCCCAAUACCUUUAAUUAGACUGCGUUUAUAAUGUGUUUUGCACGAUUAGAAGAAGUACUUUAACAUACAAUUAUAUAUUUCAAAAGGAAAAAAAUGUAUUUGAAAAUCGAAAAAUUUGUUUCAAAAUGGCUGAAUUGUUACUUCAUUACGGAGCUGACAUCAAUUGGAUUGUCGACAAAACUCACGGGUUCAAUCUCCUGAUGUAAUUGUGUUCAAUAAGGAUGGAACUGAAUUAGAAAGAAGCCGACAUCAACUAUUAGAUAAUUAAAUUCCUAAUUGAAAAUGGAGUACCUUUAUAUAGCUUAUAAAUUAGGCCUAAAAGGAUUUGUAAUCCUUAAAAGGAAAAAAAGCAUCAGACCUACUAAAAAAGCAUUCAAAUAGAGAUAAAUUGAUGGAAUUGCUUUAAUGCACAUAAUAGUUAUACUUUUAUGGAAAGCAGAAAAACAGUAGCAGACAUUCCAAUUAGCAAUAACAACUUCUUAUCAGGAAUGUUCCAAGACAAUAAAAAGUCUGA